UUUAUGGAUAUUAAGUCAGAAAAUUGUUCAAAAUUCAUACAGCUGUGUUGGUGUGUUAAAAGGAAGUUGGUUGUUAUCUGAUUUAAUCUGAAUAAAGGUCGAAAUAUUUCUCCUUUCGCUUCCUGUUGGGGGCGGGUGGCAAAAUAUAUAUGAAAACUGAAAAGCAGAAGUCUCAUCUGCAUGUUGUGACCGCGUUAUGGUGCAUUGAAACCCUGAGAGAGGAGAACAAAACGGAAAAUAAAGUCAAAAUGGUUAAUUAAAAGGCUAAAACAAAGAUAAAUCCUCACUUAUUCUUAAAGGAGACGGUGUUUCGCUUCCUUUUGCGUCCCCCAAUUAUAAAGUUACAAUCAGAUAAUUUACACCGGUUAUGAAUGGGUGCUUUCCUCCAAGUCCCGCCCCUUCCGUUCCCACACACGGACCAAUCAGCGGCGCCGCUUCCUCUCGGUGGGACGUAACGUCAACUGGCGUCGUGUCGGGAUUGGAAUGUUAGCGAGCAACAAUCGGAACAACUGAGCACUCGGUAAUUGGACACUCGGUCUGAGGAAUCCUGCCUUUUUUUCCCAGCGUAUCCCUCCAGUUUGAGGCUGCCGCUCGCUUCCCUCUGCUCGGCCGGACAACUUCGCCCGCUCCGCCGCUGUCUUCCGACCAUGUUCUUUUGAUAUUUGUGAGGGAAUGAGCGGAGGUGAUAAAUAAGCAGAGAAAUGCAGGGAUUUGUCAGGUUACAGUUGGACCGCUGAAGCGUCUCCCGGUGUUUUUGAUUCUUCCAAGCCGGGCACCAUGGAGCGAUAAAAGGACAACAUCCAGCCGGAGAGGCGUUCACACCGCCGGGGAUUCUUUCUUUCUUUAUUCUUCUUUUUCUUUUCUUUUUUUAAAAAAAAAAUUCUACCCGGUGUUCAACAUCCACCCUCCACGUCUGGGAGAGCCUCGGGGACCCCGGCCGCUGGCGCUCCAGCCUGGAUGAGGGGAAGCGGCCGCAGCGCAGAGGCUCCGGACAGGUCUUUGUCGGUGCGUCGCUGGAUGUGGUGAAACUCCACAAGCGGCGUACAAAUCGCCCACAUGCGCUGGAUCAAUCGCCGGAUCUCGGAGCACAACACGAAGAAGGGGGGUUGGGGAUGGAGCGAUGCAGCCGGGGCUGGUGAGAGCCUAACUUGGGGCCACUUUAGCUUUGUUAUUCCUGAGCAAGUCGCCUCUGUUCCCGGGACACAUGCAGGCCAAGAAACGCUACCUGAUCCUGCUGUCCGCCGGAGCGUGCCUGGCGCUGCUCUUCUACCUUGGAGGGGUUGAGCUUCCAGCGGCCAGGAGGAGCCGGCAGGACCGCAGCAGGAGCGGGUACCGGCCCGAGCAGCCGUGGCCCCACUACUCGGACCCUUUACACGCCUUCCUGCCCUGGGAUCAGACGGACACCGAGGAUUACAACCUGCACAUAUCUCCGACGCAGAAGCGGGACGUGAACAGGAGCGUUUACAGGGGCAAGCGGUGCCGCAUGGAUUCCUGUUUCGACUUCUCUCUGUGUCAGAAGAACGGCUUCAAAGUUUAUGUUUACCCCCAGCAGAAGGGGGAGAAGAUCUCGGAGAGCUACCAGAACAUCCUAUCCACCAUCGAGGGCUCCAGGUUCUACACCUCCGACCCGGGACAGGCGUGUCUGUUCGUCCUGAGUCUGGACACUCUGGAUCGGGACCAGCUGUCCCCUCAGUACGUCCACAACCUGAAGACGAAGGUCCAGAGCCUGCCUUUGUGGAACGACGGCAGGAACCACCUCAUCUUCAACCUGUACUCCGGAACCUGGCCGGACUACACGGAGGAUCUGGGCUUUGACAUCGGCCAGGCCAUGCUGGCCAAGGCGAGCAUCGGUUCUGAGAACUUCAGGCCCAACUUCGACGUUUCCAUCCCGCUCUUCUCCAAGGAGCACCCUCGGACCGGAGGGGAGAGGGGUUUCCUGAAGUACAACUCCAUCCCGCCUUUUAGAAAGUACAUGCUGGUGUUCAAGGGGAAGCGCUACCUGACCGGGAUUGGCUCGGACACGCGGAAUGCCUUAUACCACGUCCACAACGGGGAGGACGUGGUGCUGCUCACCACCUGCAAGCACGGGAAGGACUGGCAGAAACACAAGGACGCGCGGUGCGACAAGGACAACGCGGAAUAUGACAAAUAUGACUACAAGGAGAUGCUCCACAACUCCACCUUCUGCUUGGUGCCCCGCGGCAGACGUCUGGGCUCCUUUCGGUUCCUCGAGGCGCUGCAGGCUGCGUGUGUGCCGGUGAUGCUGAGUAACGGAUGGGAGCUUCCUUUUUCUGAAAUCAUCGACUGGAACACCGCCGCAGUCAUCGGCGACGAGAGACUCCUCCUGCAGAUCCCGACCACCGUGCGCUCCAUCCACCAGGACAAGAUCCUGUCGCUCCGACAGCAGACUCAGUUCCUCUGGGAGGCGUACUUCUCCUCUGUGGAGAAGAUAGUGCUGACCACGCUGGAGAUCAUCCAGGACCGAGUGCUGGAGCACGGCUCCAGGAGCAGCCUGAUGUGGAACAGCCACCCUGGAGGCCUGUUUGCCUUGCCGCAGUACUCCGGAUACCUGGGAGACUUCCCCUUUUACUAUGCCACACUGGGUAUUAAACCGUACCCCAAGUUCACUGCAGUCAUCCACGCCGUCUCCCCUCUGGUGUCCCAGUCCCAACCCAUUCUCAAGCUACUGGUAGCUGUGGCCAAAUCCCAGUACUGUGCUCAGAUUAUCGUCCUGUGGAACUGCGACAAGCCGCUCCCAGCCAAACACCGCUGGCCCGCCACCUCCGUGCCCGUCAUCGUGAUCGAGGGAGAGAACAAGGUCAUGAGCAGCCGCUUCCUGCCGUACGAGUCCAUCGUGACCGACGCUGUCCUCAGCCUGGACGAAGACACCGUGUUGUCCACCACAGAGGUGGACUUUGCUUUCACCGUCUGGCAGAGUUUUCCGGAGCGGAUCGUGGGUUAUCCGGCCCGCAGCCACUUCUGGGACAGCAACAAGGAGCGCUGGGGCUACACCUCCAAAUGGACCAACGACUACUCUAUGGUUCUGACCGGCGCCGCCAUGUUCCACAGGUACUACCACUUCCUGUACACCCACUACCUGCCCAGCAGCCUGAAGAACAUGGUGGACCAGCUGGCCAACUGCGAGGACAUCCUGAUGAACUUCCUGGUGUCGGCCGUCACCAAGCUGCCGCCCAUCAAGAUCACACAGAAGAAGCAGUACAAGGAGACCAUGAUGGGGCAGUCUUCUCGGGCGUCCCGCUGGGCCGACCCGGACCACUUCGCCCAGCGGCAGACCUGCAUGAACAAGUUCGCCAGCUGGUUUGGCGCCAUGCCGCUCGUCCACUCCCAGAUGAGGCUGGACCCCGUGCUCUUCAAGGACCAGGUCUCCAUCCUCCGCAAAAAAUACAGGGACAUCGAGAGGCUCUGACAGGACCGCCGCCCCCUCGGGGGAGACUCCACGCAGGGGGAGGCGCGCGACAGAGACUCCGUGGAGAGCCGGCGGAGCAGCCGCACCACGGCCGGGUGG